UGGGUACUAAUGGGCACAGGUGGGUACUAAUGGGCACAGGUGGCUACUAGUGGGCACAGGUGGGUACUAAUGGGCACUGGUGGGUACUAAUGGGUGCAGGUGUUUAUCAAAGUAGUUUAUACAGUGGUGAAUGAACUCUCUCGUUUAAUAGCGUGUGUGUGUGUGUGUGGCGUAUAUACCCUAUAAUGUACUUUUGUAUAUCUACCUGUAUGAUUAUAUAUGUACGUUAAGUGCAGGUGAAUUUAUCAGUACCGGAAUCUUGUGGUGUGGUAUAGGUGAGGACAUCCUGGGAGGGAACGAACUCAUGUUUUUUGGCCAACGGAAAGAGAAGCAGAAGGUGGUGGUGCCUGGCGGAGUGGCUCACGUCUUCCUCUACUCCACUAACUCCACCUUCAACGCUACGGGCUUCACCAUCACCUACAAUAUUACAGAAGAGGUCACGACCCCGGCACCCAUCACCACUACACCCACACCUAUCUUACCUGACGCCUUUGUGCCAAUCAACGGUAUUCCCACCACUAAAUGGAAAGAUUAUAACAGCUCCUUCACUCAAGCCAUAGCGGGCAUGUCUACCGACUACGUACACAAUGUCUUAGGCUACGUUAAUCAACCAAACAUCACAUCCACCAUGGUAUUGAUCCAAGACAUCAAGUCCUGCAACCCCUUCAGAUGCCAAAAGGACUGUGUGGCGUAUGACUUCAGCAUAGACUCGGACCUGUUCACCAAGUACACACUCGACCAGAUGUUGAAUACUGAGAGUCUACAUCACUAUAUCACCCAGGUUAAUGAGGGAAGUCAGAUCUGUGAAGAGCACCCGACCAUCUCGCUGACUAGGUACGUGGCAGUGCCUGUGUUUAUCCUCAUCUUCGGCAUCGUUAUUUCCGCCUUAUUCUGGAAGUACAGCGAGAAGGGUUCCUUGACUGAGAAGCGCCUCAAGUACGAGACGGAGCAGCAGGAUCGUUGGGAUGACCAGAGGCGACGGUCUUCCGCUAACGCGUCUAUCCUAGGUCUUGGACGGCCUGCAUCCUUCGCAUCCCGAGGAUCUCGGAGUUCGAUACCCUUCCCCAAGUCCAAAGGCGCCCAGGACUACGACUCGGAUGACAAUGUGGGCUUCGACAUGAGCGAUUUCCGUGAAUAUGACCCCGACAUGGGCACCGUUGACCCCACCCAGUUUGGCCUGGAUAAAGACUUCACCAGGGAUCGGCAGGUGAUGGGCUUCUACACCAACCAGGCCUUCGUGCCCGACGAGGAGGUCACCGUGUACCAACGAGACGGUCCUUCUCACAGUUUGGCCGACACAGACAGCGAGGACUCCAAUGACGGUGGGGCCAUCAGCUUCCGUGACUCCCAGAAUAGCUUGAGUAAGACACCACAAAGCCAGGUCGUGUCGGCAGACGUGCACACCGUCGACGAUAACGAAGAAACGACGCUGUAAACCCUCCAGACGGUGCCACUCUUGUCCUAGGAGCUACAGUACUGGCUAUGCACCUUAACCUCCCCUCGCACACCCUUCAGGGAACCUACUAACUCCUACAACCCACCAUCUAUCUGGCACAACCGUCCAGGGAGUGACUAACUGAUCCAUCUCCCACACCUAACGCGUCUCAGACUACACCUCUCACGGCCUUCACAGAUUCGCCAGGGAACACUUCUCACACCAAGAUGACGGUGCUCGGAUCAUCAACAUGUCCCCACGAGGACCAGGAACAAAACUUAGUCAAUAACUACGACACUACAAAUAUGGGCGAACUUCGUUAAAGCGAUGACUGACAAAUCAUAGGUUGUGUGUUGGUGUUGUGUGUAUCAAGGGACCUUCAGUAGCCCACAUACAGCCCGAAGUGUCUUGUGAUGUGUGUGGCGUUAAGAUAGUAUAUUAUCUUACACAUGUGACUCUCUUAUUAAAGCUACGGAUUAGCUGUAUGUGAUUUAUAUGCCAAUACUUUUAUUACAAACUUUUAUGUAUAGCUUUAAGUUCAUUACUGACACUGUACCUCACUGUAACUUACUGUACCCCCGUAUUGUUCUCGCCCUUAUCAAUUAGUAUUAUAUAAAUAUGGGUUAAGGACAUAUAUUCAUUAUAUACAUUCUAUCACCCAGACUAUUGAGCAUACAGCUACAUAAGCAUUUGUUCUGUCACACCUCCUAGGGUGGACAGCACAUAAACAUUUGUUGUUUCACACAGACUCAAGUUACAACCCAUAAAUAUAUGUCCCCAGGCCUCCGUGUGAGAGUAGGCCUGUGUAGUGUAGCCUUUAUCUCUGUGUUGACGUAGUAAAUUAACCCCCUCCCCCAUACAACCA